UCAAAACAAAAACAAAUAAAAUGGAUCACCGAGAUAUCAGCGGCGGCAACUCUAGUGGUAACAACGGAGGCAGGUGGAGGUGGAGGUGGAGCUUGUCGGAGACCCAACUUCCCUCUCCAACUUCUUGAAAAGAAAGAAGAUGAUCCAUGCUCUACUUCCACCUUCCCUUCUCUCGCAAUCUCCACCACUCCUCCUCAAGAUCUCUCCACCACCCCUUCCACCUCCACCGACCCCCCUAAGAAACCUCCUCCCAAGCGAUCAUCCACCAAAGACCGCCACACUAAAGUCGACGGCCGUGGCCGUCGCAUUCGCAUGCCUGCCUUAUGGGCAGCCCGUGUUUUCCAACUCACUCGUGAGCUCGGCCACAAAUCCGAUGGCGAAACAAUCGAAUGGCUCCUCCAACAAGCCGAACCUGCCGUCAUCGCUGCCACCGGCACUGGCACAAUCCCUGCCAACUUCACCUCUCUCAACAUCUCCAUGCGUAGCUCAGGUUCUUCCAUUUCUGCUCCCCAUCAUCUUCGCGGCGGCGCCGGUUACUUCUCCCAUCAAAACUUUAUGUACUCCUCAUUACCUUACUCAACCUUUACGGCAAUCUAUGACUGAUUCUCCAGCUCCCAUCAUCUUCUAUGCUUAACUUCAACACUGAUACUGACAAUACUAGUGCUCGUAAACGCCGAUGGCCUGAACAAGAUAUGAUCAUCAUCAUCAUCAUCAUCAACAUCAACAGUCAAUUCAGCAGCAACAACAACAGCAGCAAAUGGCAAGUAGUAGCAGUGGACAUGGGCAGGUCCCCACAACACUAUGGAUGGUCACAAACCCUGGGAAUCAAAUUUCAGGUGGUGAUUCAUCUUGGCCUUUUCCAUCCUUAUCUGGGGCUGCCACCACUGCAGCAAUGUUUAGAGGUUCAAUGUCAAGUGGUUUGCAUUUCAUGAAUUUUCCGGCACCGAUGACUUUGAUGCCUAGCCAACAACUAGGGUUAGGUACCGGGCACUGUCGGCGCAGGAGAGGCCGGGCACUUGAGCAUGCUUGCGGCACUCAACGCUUAUCGACCUUUUGGUACAGGAGGUGGAACUGGAGGUGCUAGUGGCGAUCCGACAGGAUCACGGCAACUGCAGCAACAAGGUGGUGGUGGUGGUGGUGGUGGAGGAGAUCGUCAUGAUACAAUGAGUGCCAGUGACUCUUAGCUUAUAUAUAUAUAUAUAUAUAGAUAGAUAGAUAUAUUUAUAUCUUCUCAAAUCCAUGCAUGAGUUUGAGUUUCAUCACUUCAUUUCUUUUUAGGGUUUCUGAGAUAUAGUUUCCAAUGAGUUGGGAAUUUGAUUGAGUCUGCUAGCUUUUCUUUCUUUGUUUUUUGAGCUAUUGUGAUGAGAGAGAGUGAGUGAGUGAGUGAGUCCUUGAAUUCAUGAAAGUGUUAUCAUACAAUGAUCAUAUUUCCAUUAUACUUUCCUUCUUUCAACCUCGAUCUCCAUGAACUUUGGAAAUGCUUAAUAAACCCUAGCAAUCUAAAACCUAUCUCUUAUAUACCUCCUGCAGCCCCCAUUGAACAAUAUUGUUUGACAAGAACCUGUACUACCAUCCAUCCAUAUAUUGUACCACCUUUUACCCCUCUUAUAUAUAUAUAUAUAUAAAAAGAGUAUGUGUAUUUGACUCAGAUUCAAAUUAAGUUUUGAAUGAAAAUGGAAAUGGAGGGGAUGGGGGGGCCAAAUGAAGAUAAACAGCAUGGUUGAGCUGUCGGUUGUUUUGUUCCCAUAUUAGAGCUGUCACAUGUUAAUGUCAUGGUGGUAUUGAGGAAGCACCAAAGGGUCUCUUAUGUGUUGUACACCACAUAUAGGCUUAUCCUUUUAGUCUUGUCAUGGUUUUUCUUUCACAAAAACAAUAUGCUGUGUGUGUAUCAGUGUAUGUGUGUGUGUGUGAGAGAGAGAGAGAGAGAUAGCAUGGCCUUCAUCCUUUGCCAUCACUCCUUUGUCUCUUAACUCAUUCCCCCCUUUUCCUUCUGUUUGCUUUCUGGGAAACCACAACAUCAUCAUCAACUCUCUCUCAACCCUUCUUCAUCUUCUCCUUCAUUCUUUCUACUCUAUUUUAGUAAUACUCUUCAUCAAUUCAGUUAAUGUUUAUUGCUAGUGAUCAUGAAAUGGCA